ACAUAACAAAACAACCAUCCUAAAACACAAAACCACUCUUCAAAACACCGUCUUUAAACAUUUCACCCUACAACAACCAUCCACGUAAGCAAACAAUCUCCACCGUUGGAUCAAAAAUCAACCCUUAAAAAUAAAGUAGGACCCACCAAGUUGAUGCCUAUAUAUAAAUGUAAUAGAUAGAUACACACUCCCAUUGUGUUCUCUCUCACAUCAUCAUUUUUACAAUAAAAAUAUUUUCUUUGUGUUUUUGUCUCUAAGAAACUGAAAAAAUGUGUGGAGGUGCUAUCAUUUCUGAUUUCAUUGGUGUCAAGCGUGACCGUGACCUAUGGUUUGAGCUUGAUCCUUCUGUUGAUCUACUUGGUCUUGGUUCUGCUUUUAACACCCCCAAUUUCAAAGAGUUACCACCUCUUAACUUUGAGAAAUUCUUCUCUUCAGACAAAAAAGUGGUGGCAUGUGACAGUGCUGAGAAGAAACAACAAAGUGCCGUAGAGAAGGGAAAGAAGAGCACCGGAGGAAAAAGAGUCCGUAAGAAUGUGUACAGAGGAAUCAGGCAGAGGCCAUGGGGCAAGUGGGCUGCUGAAAUAAGGGACCCACAACAAGGUGUUCGUGUUUGGCUCGGUACUUUCUCGACUGCUGAAGAAGCCGCUAGAGCCUAUGAUGCUGCCGCGAAGCGCAUCCGUGGUGACAAGGCGAAACUCAACUUCCCCGACACUCCUGCCAUGUGUCCUGCCGCUGCUGCUGCUGUCACUGCUCCUCCAGCAAAGAAGCAGUGUCUUAGCUCCGAUCAAGCUAGCUCCCAGGCUAGCUCAGAGUCUGCUGGGUCAUCUAUUGGGUAUGGGCUUGAUGAGGAAAUGGAAAUCAAAAAGAAAAUGUCUGACCUUGAAUGGAUCCUCGGUUUAGAUAAUGAUCUUCCUCAGGUUCAAGCCCAAGCCCAGACCCAAGUUGUGGCCCAGCCUGAGCUUGAGCCCAUGGGCUUUACCUUGCCUUCUGACUGGGACAACAGCUUCCUGGACAUGUGGAGUGGUGAAGACAUGGUUGAUCCCAUCUCUCACCUGAUUUAUAACUAGAAAUUUAUAAUUAUUGCAAAAUUAUGGAACACCUUGUGGUGUCUUAUUAUUAUUAUCGGAUUAAUUAUUAUGUUUAUGUUUAAAAUUUCGUGACUGUAUAAACUAUGUUACUUUGUGUUCUUCGUUUGUGGUGUUUGUCUCCUUUGGACGGUUUAAUGUUGGAUGAUUGAAAUUUUAAGCCAUUUGGUGCUGCGUAUUAUGAUUGUGAAUAUUUAUGAAAUGGUAUUAAUCUAUGGUAUCUCGUGCAUGUUUAAUUUAUGUUAAUCUAUGA